AUGGGUAAAGUUCAAAAGAAGAAUAGUAAAGGUCGUUUAGAUAGAUACUAUCACUUGGCCAAAGAAAAAGGUUACAGAGCUAGAUCCUCAUUCAAGAUCAUCCAAAUCAAUGAAAAAUAUGGUCAUUUCUUAGAAAAAUCUAAAGUUGUUAUCGAUCUUUGUGCUGCACCAGGUUCUUGGUGUCAAGUUGCAUCACAAUUAUGUCCAGUUAAUUCCUUGAUUAUUGGGGUUGAUAUAGUCCCAAUCAGGCCAUUACCUAAUGUCAUAACUUUCCAAUCAGACAUUACUACUGAGGAUUGUAGAUCAAGAUUGAGAGGACAUAUGAAAACUUGGAAAGCUGAUACUGUUUUACAUGAUGGUGCGCCUAAUGUUGGUUUAGGUUGGGUCCAAGAUGCUUUCACCCAAUCACAGUUGACCUUACAAGCUUUAAAGUUAGCUGUUGAAAACUUAGCCAAUGGUGGUACCUUUAUCACCAAAAUUUUCAGAUCCAAAGAUUAUAAUAAUUUAGUGUGGGUUUUCAAUCAAUUAUUUGAAAAAGUUGAAGCAACCAAACCUCCAGCUUCAAGAGAUGUUUCUGCGGAAAUCUUCGUUGUAUGUAAAGGCUUCAAAGCACCAAAGAAAUUGGACCCAAGAUUAUUAGAUCCUAAAGAAGUUUUUGACGAGUUACCAAGUGGUCCCGUCAACAAUGAGGCUAAAAUCUUCAAUCCUGAGAAAAAGACCAGACAAAGACAAGGUUAUAAUGAAGGUGACUAUUUACUUUAUCAUGAAAUGCCUUUAGUAGAAUUUGUCAAAAACGAAGAUCCUAUAAAUACCUUGGGUGACUUGAAUAAGUUGACUAUCGACAAAACAGACGAUGAAUUCAAAAUUAUUAGAAAGUUAAAAACUUAUAACACCGAAUUAGUUGAAUGUUUAAAAGAUUUGAAAGUUUUGGGUAGAAAAGAUUUCAAGUUAAUCUUGAGAUUCAGAAAACAAGCAAGAGAAUUGUUGGGUUUAGAUGAGAAAGAAGAAGAAAAAGAAGAGAUUGAAGUGGAGCCAUUGACAGAAGAUCAAAGAAUCGAUAAAGAAUUACAAGAAUUGAAAGACAAGCAAAAACAAAAAUCAAAGAGAGAAAAGAAAAACAAGAAUGAAUUGAAACAAAAAGAGAUUCAAAGAAUGCAAAUGAAUAUGUUAACCGAUAUGAAUAUUGGUUUGGAAGCAUCAUCUUCAGAUUCAUUAUCAUUGUUCAACUUGAAACAAGCUGAAAAGACUGGAGAAUUGGAUAAAUUGAUCAAAGGUAAAAAGAGAAUGAUUUUCAAUGAAGCUGAUAGAAUAAAAGAUGUUGAGAUCAGUAUCGGAGAUCAACCAGAAGAAGAAUUGGAUUCUGAUGAUGAGUUAGAAGCUCAAUUGGAUGACAUGUAUAAUUCCUUCCAAGAAAGAAAGGCAGAAAAGGACGCCAAUUACAGAGCUAAAAAAUUACGUGGAGAUGAAAAUGAUGAACCUUGGGACGGAAUCAAGUCUGAUGACGAUGAAAAAGAUUAUGAAAUGGAGGAAGAAAGUGAUUAUGAUGAUGACGACCAUAUAAACCAAUUGAUCAGGGAAAAGAAAUCAAAAGAUGGAUUAAGUAAGACAGCCAAAAAUUUCUUUGCUGCUAACUCGUUAUUCGAAGAACUCAAUGAUGAAGAGUUAUUGGCCGCUAUGACACCAGAAGAUAAGAACAAAAUCAACGGGUCUACUUCAUCAGAUGGCAAGAAUAUGGAAAUUGAUUCCAAAAAUUCUUUAGGUUCAGAUAGUGAAGAGUUAAGCUCAGAUUCAGAUUUCGAAAUUGUAUCAGGAAAUAAUGAGGUUGAUGUCGAGUCUGAUUCUGAUUCUGAUGUUGACGAUAAGUACAAAAAAUCUAACGAACAAGAAAAGAUUGAUAUAGCAACAGUUGAGGCAAUGACUUUGGCCCAUCAAAUCGCUUUGGGACAUAAAAAUAAGUACGACCUUAUUGAAGAAGGUAUCAAUAGGUAUUCUUUCAGAGACAACGAUUUACCCGAAUGGUUUUUGGACGAUGAAAAGAAACAUUCAAAGAUCACAAAGCCAAUCACCAAAGAGGCAUCAUUGGCCAUAAAACAGAAACAAAAGGAAUUGAAUGCUAGACCAAUCAAAAAGGUCUUAGAAGCCAAGGGGCGUAAGAAAAUGAGAGCUAUCAAGAGGUUGGAAAAGUUGAAAAAGAAAUCUGACUUAAUCAAUGAAGAUGGUGCUAAAUCUGAAAGAGAUAAAGCUGAAGAAAUCUCUAAAUUGAUGAGAAAGUUGACCAAGAAACAACAAGUCAAACCUAAGGUAACAUUGGUUGUAGCUAAAGGUAGUAACAAAAGAUUAAGUGGUAGACCAAGAGGGGUAAAGGGUAAGUAUAAGAUGGUUGACGGAACUAUGAAGAACGAACAAAGAGCAUUGAAAAGAAUUACCAAGAAGCAUAAAAAGUAA